AUGGCAACAACUACUACUACAACUACUACCAAAACAUACUCUCGAAAUGAAGACAAUAACGAACUCGCCAGUAUCCAACUCGAGGCAUCAGAUUCCCCACCAUCGGGAAAUGUCUUCCCCGCCAUCGAACGAUGGAACCAUCCCAAGGCGAACAUCUACAAGAUCCUCGCGACCUUCUGGUGUUUUCUCGUCAUGGGCGCGAAUGAUGCCGCAUACGGUUUGGAACAACACUACUCCCUCACCUACACCAUCGUCUCCCUCGUCUUCCUCUCCCCGCUAGGCGGAUACGUCCUCGCCGCCCUAACAAACAACCACAUCCACCUGCGCCUCGGCCGGCGCGGCGUGGCCAUCAUCGCCCCCUCAUGCCACGUCGUCUCGUACAUCAUCAACUGCUUGCACCCGCCGUACCCCGUUCUCGUGGUGAGCUUCAUCUUCGCCGGCUUCGGCAACGGGCUGGCCGACUCGGGGUGGAAUGCCUGGAUCGGCAACAUGGCGGAUGCGAACCAGGUGCUGGGCCUGCUGCAUGGGUUUUACGGUGCCGGGGCGGUGCUUGCGCCGUUGGUGGCUACGGCGCUGGUUACGAAGGCGGGGGUGGGAUGGUGGUAUUUCUAUUAUAUCAUGAUUGGCUGCGCGGUCAUCGAGCUUGCCACCUCGGUCUACUGCUUCUGGGACGAUACUGGGGCAGUCUUCCGGCGGGACACGCAGCAUGCGACUGGUGGCACCGGCAGCGGCGGGGGCAGUCUGCGCAAGGCGCUGUUCACGAAACGCGCGGGGAGGAUUACCUGGCUGUGUUCGGUCUUCCUGCUACUGUAUGUCGGCGUGGAGGUUGCGCUGGGCGGGUGGAUCGUGACCUUCAUGAUGCGCGUGCGGCACGGCGAGCCGUUUGCGAGUGGGAUGGCGGCGACAGGGUUCUGGUUGGGGAUUACGGUGGGCCGGGUAGUCCUGGGGUUUGUGACUCCCAGGGUGGGUGAGAAAUUAGCCAUUUCGAUCUAUCUCAUCUCCUCCAUCGCCUUCGGCCUCAUCCUCUGGCUCGUUCCGAACUUUUACGUUUCGACCGUGGCCGUCGCGCUGCAGGGCUUCUUCCUCGGUCCGCUGUUCCCUGCUGUCGUGGUCGUGGCGACCAAGUUGCUGCCGCGUGGGUUGCACGUUACCGCGAUUGGCUUUGCGGCGGCCUUUGGAGCGGGAGGCGGCUCGGUGCUGCCGUUUGCUGUUGGGGCGAUUGCGCAGGCCAAGGGGGUCAAGGUGUUGCAGCCGUUUGCGAUUGGCUUGCUAGGGGCGAUUAUGGGGUUGUGGAUGUGUUUGCCGCGGAUUCCUGCUCAGCAUGAAACGUAG